UCAGUAAUGAACCAUGUCUGCAAGCAAGCCAUUAGACUAUGAGUCCCCACACAAAAAAAGCGCGAAAAAAUUCAUCCUCAAAGAGUACAUCCAGUUGACAGCAGGCCCGGCGAAUUUUUCAGACCGAGUACUGCAAGCUCUCUCCAUGCAAUGCCUCAACCCUCUGAGCAAAGAAAUGCACCUGAUGAUGGACGAAGUAAAGGCGAUGCUGCAGUACCUUUUCCAAACCACGAACCCGCUGACUUUAGUCAAUCAAACGUCAGGAAGUGGCGGAAAUGAAAGCAUUCUAACCAAUUUGCUUGAUCCGGGAGACAAAUUGGUAAUUGCGGUUGGAGGCACGUGGGGGGAGAAAGUGCAAGACAUGGCACAACGAUACGGAUUUGAUGUACUUGCAAUAAGAAAACCUCCGGGUGAAAUUUUCACGGUGGAGGAGUUGGAAGCCGCGGUCAAAUCGCAUCAAGCGAACUUGUUGUUUGUUACACAUGGAGAGUCCAGUGGUGGUACCCUCCAACAACUGGAAGGUAUUGGACCCAUGUGCCACAAGUACGACUGCUUGUUAGCUGUAGACGCUGUAGCUUCCAUGGGUGUGGACCCUCUUUAUACGGACCGGUGGCAACUAGACGCCGUGUGUACCGCUAGUCAAAAAGCUAUAGGGUCACCACCGGGUCUCUGCUUACUGACUUUCAGUCCCCGCGCUGAAGAACGCAUCAAAGCAAAAAAGAACAAGUCUCCGUACUACUUCGACAUGACGCGACAAGGACUCUACUUCGACUGCUUUGUAGACGACCACAGUAGAAAGUACCACUACACUUUUUCGUCGAAUUUAUUGGCUGCAUUGCGUGAAGCUUUGGCCCAACUGUGUGAAGAAGGUUUGUCAGAAGUGUGGGAACGACAUAAGAGAAACAGCGAGUACCUGUGGAAGAAAAUGGGUGAAAUAGGGCUGGACUGUUUCGUGGAGAAAGUCGAAAACCGGUUUCAUGGAAUCACGUGUGUUAAAAUUCCCUCGGGAGUCGAUCAAUUGGAGCUUUUAAAAUUUAUCAAAGACAAGUACGACAUUGAAAUUGCGUACGGGCACGGACCCACUCUUAAUAAAGCCAUGCGAAUCGGGUUAUUGGGACAAAACAGUCGCCCCGAAGUGGUGGAUUAUCUAGUAAAAGCUUUAAAAGAUGGAAUGGAACAACUGAGAAAGCAAGGUACUAACUAAAUUUACCUGAUGACACGCACAUUUAGUACCAUUAAAGGACGUUUUAUGUUCAA